AUGAUGGAAGGCGGUUUGUCUACGGAUGAAGAGUUGCUCUUGCUGCAGGCCCUAUUCCCGUAUGCCUCAUCCGAGUGCCUUCAGAAGGGCAUCGACGCAGGGAAGACUGUAGAGAAUGCGGUGCACUGUGUCCAUGCAGCAGCGAACCCCGACGUGUAUAGCGCCGCCUACCUGGAGCACGAGCGCACUGCGGCAAGGGCUAGAGAGGAGAAAGGUGGUACCACCAACAACGCACAGCAGGCGUUUGUAGGCAUACGCCAACUCCUGGCUAGCAGAUUGCGUACCCUAGAGGAGAGAGUUGUCAUCGGCAUCUCGCUCCAUCACGAGUACGAAGAUGCCGUUGGGGCAUUCGUCGUCGACACGGCGGCGUGGGAUGAGCACUUCCUCGCCACCGCCACCAUGACGGACGUUGUUGGCGCGCGCCCCCUCACGCUGCCGACGGAUGACAAGAAGGUGCUCUUCGAAAGCGGCUCCGUGGCACUAACGCCGAUCAUGCGGUGGGCCCCAUCCGCUGCCGGGCUGGAGCGGGAGCGGAUGGUCGCCAGAGACACGGUGGGUGCCACCGAGCGGUUGUUUAAGGAUGGAGCGGGGGACUGCAACGGCUCAGCCACCGCCGCGAUAGGCGAUACGAACGGGGUGGCAUCGGAGAAGCCGGAUACCGCAGCCGCUACGGUGCCCACGCAACUGCAAUUCAGCACGGCAAAGGUGAGCGAGUGGGACCGCAUCAUGGAGUCACUUGCGCCAUGGUCAACCGUGUUUGGCGAUGCGGAUUGCUGUGCGCUCUGCAAGGAAGUCACAGUGCACUGUCGAAAGUUGGCCGAUGUGAUUCCGGAGCUCAUCCCAAAGGUUUUUAGCGUGAUUGAGAAGGAGCUGAAGCAGGCUGUGGUGCUUUCAGCCGCGCGCGGCGUGCACGUCUCGGCACUGGGAGGUAUUCUCUUGGAUCAUGAAGCUGUCCAAAUCAAGGAUAUUGUGUUUGGGCGCUCCUACGGUGUCUUCGACGACGAUGGUGCUUAUUUGCGUCUGCGCGUCAAGAUUAGGCGACUGCUGCUUGAGCCUCUGGCGUUCUCGUACCGCAAAGCAAGGUCUGGGGGUGGCAGCACCUCAGGGGUUUUGCAUGCAAAGGUGAAGAAGGUGAAGAUAAAGAGUAGGGUGGACGUGCGGUUAUACGCGGCAGGUUUUUUCACUAUCUGCUGCAGGGACACUCGUGUCACCAUCGGCGCGUUGCGCACUGAUUGUUCCGUCACCAAGCUGCACGCAAUGGGUAUUAUUUUGCGCCCCAUCAUCAAGUUCAAGUUGAGAGAAGCACUGAUACAGCUCCUGAGUGGUGAUGUAGUUUUGGGCCCCACGUAG